UGGGCAUACGACAGAACAAAAUAUGGAUUCAGAUGUCGAGAUAUCGGAUUCCUCGCGGGAAGCCGGGCCCAGCGGUGUGCAAAAUCGCGGCGCCAGCCACAAUUGUCCAGGUCCGCGUUGCGUUUGUCAGAGAUAUGAGAAUGGCGAAUUAGCCGCAGUCAUAAUGAAUCAAGGCAGAAGUAAUCAGGAGAGGGAGGAUAGUUACCAAAACGUGGGUCAUAUCUCGCGUACUUUUCAGAAUCGUCCCAACAGCACGCUACAGAUACAUCCAAAUCUGAAUCCACAUUAUCAAAAUCCGAUUGAUUUGAUACGCAAUUACAACCGUCGAUUACAACAACCACAGCAACAGCAGGAACCGGAAGAAAACAUUUACGAGCGUUUGGACAAUGAUGAUGAUGAAGACGAUGAUGAAAACGCGGAGAUCCCUCAGAACGAAUCUCUAGUUCAAAACAAUCAGGGUAACAUGGAUAAUCAUAUGUAUGAAAGAAUAGACGAGCGGAUAUCGUGUAGCAGUAGAGCGCAUUGUCAUUAUAAGUAUCAUUUACCUACUCAUAGUUUUUUGAGCGACAUGGAAAAUGCUAGAAAUAUGGAUCCAUACAAUCAACCAAGACACAUUUAUAUCGAUUAUUCUCGAUUGAAUAGUAACAUUUACCAAAGUUCUCUAAACAGAUUAGGUCGCAAUUGUUUCUCCACAGAGAAUAUUGCAUACGCUUCUACGAAACGUUCUCAUCCAAUCAUGUAUAAUUGCACAUGUCCGUACUGUAGAAACAUGGACGCAAGAUACGUAUGCCAUCAUUGUUACUAUCUGUACAACAGAUUACAAUAUCAAGACACAUCUAAUUCCAGGCAUUACGUGUAUCAAGUCUCAAGAAAUUGUAGAUGUCCCUUUUGUCGUGGGGAAUACUCUUAUACAAAGUUUCCCGCUCUUCGCGCUGCUGAAUUAUUGAAAAUAGAAUGUUGUCAUUGUAGAAAUCUGGCCAAUUGUAUCUGCCGUAGUAAAGCUUCGUCUGAUUUUAAUAAUUCCACGAUCAUCGGACGAUACUUGGAUUGGAUUAAUCGGACCGGACAGUCUGUUAAUAAUCCUUUAUAUGCCAUGAUUCAUGUCGGUAGGAUGGAUCGUGCUUCCGUGUCCGGUCACGGGAAUACAUCUAAUAGUAGAAAUUCACCAAAUAAUCCCGGUCCGUCGACGUCCGGUAAUGCGACAUCUAAUGCAAGAUUCAAUGAGUCGAAUUCAUCUUCAGUUUUACGAUCGGUAUUUGUUCCCGGUGCUUCCACAUCGAGUGCUCCUAUCUGUUCCAUAAGUCGCUACGUAGAACACCAGCAUACCUGCGAUGACUCUUGUAUCCGUAGUCAAGGCGGAAGUCUGACUGGAAUAUGUCAGUUUCUCGGCAGAUGCGAAAGAACGGAAUGCAAUCAUGGAAGGCUUUCUGUACAUUGGUGGUUCGUGAAUAAAUGGCUUCCUCUAUGGAAUUCUCAUAACUUUAAUAGAAACGUGGAUGGCGCACCGUGCGUGGAUGAAGUAUCACGGGAACAGCGAGAGAGCGACAGCGAUGAUUCUUAAAUUAUUAAGAAUUUGUUUAUCGUGAGAGUGUCUAUUUUAUGUACUUCGAACUUUUAAUACACAUCUUCAUUAAUUUGUAUUAUACGAUUAUAGUUUACUGACUCGCUCGAUCGUAAGAUGAUUAGCAAAACCUAGAAGCCUGCGUACACACAGUUGAGCAAAUUCAGUGAUAUGGUAAUGACUUUAAGUAUAUGUUCCAUGACAAUAAAUUCGUAUGUUGCGAUUUUUAAAUAUUUGAAUAUUAGAAAAAUUAUUUUUAAGCGUUAGUAGGAUAGAAUCCUCUAAUCGGAGAUUCUGUUCAUAAUAGAGUGUCGUCCAUUUUCUAUAAAGUUAGAGCCAUGGCACACAAAAAAACUUAAGGCAGUAAGACGCAUUGAUCAU